AUGAAGCUUUUUCUCAUCCUCGUCGUCGCAUUCCUAUCGCUGGUGAGCGGUGUUCCGGUGAAGCCACACGGAGCAGACCAAUCGAGUCUUGAGGCAGAUAGUACCUCUCAGACCAAGAACCACCAAAUCUCAAGCCCUGUUGAUAAGCACACCGAAAGCCUCAACGCCGCUUGCCGCCCAGCCAACAUCAACCAGUCGUGUCUCCAAAGUGCCUACAAUGCCGUCAUUGAACUCAUCCGACUCGAGAAGGCGUAUCGGGAUCUGAUCUACACCGCCGACUCGAACAGCCCGACACAGAAGAAGGAGAUGGGGAAGCGCAAUGAGCUCACCCACAAGAUCGAGAAGAUCGCUGAUGCAGCUGCAGAUGCUGUAGCUGGUGCUUCGACUGGCCGACUAGAACAGUUGUUCAUGCUCAUCGAGCUUCAGAGCAAUCUUCUCCAGUUGGAAAGAUCGCUCAGCCAGGGAAAGCUGCAAGACCUCAAUCGAAGAUGGCUCUGGCUCGUGGCGGGGCUUGCGAUGCUGUUACUUGUCAGGGGCACGGUAGCGAAGUGGUUAAGUCGGUGGAACAUGCAGAGCAUGGUCAAAGGCUGCGGUAUGCUGGCUAGUGAUUCAGAGACGCAGAACAAGAAAGUCGAGCGAGAAGAGAAGCCCAAAGAGGUCAAGAUCCAGGAGAGGGGCAAUAUCACAUUCGAGCACGAUGUGUUCUCGCGCACUACCAAUGGCGUGGCGUGA